AAUUUGCUCUUGAAUUUUGGGGUCGAUGGAAGAGGGGCGCAUCCGCGAGCUGGAGAACGAUGUUGCCGCAUUGACUGCGAGGAUCAAGGCACUGGAAAUGGAGAAUGCAAAUUUAACUGCUCGAUUCUCACAGCAGCAUGGUGAGAACCAGUCGCUAAAAUCGAAGCGGACUCACAAGAAUCACAAGAAAGAAAAUCAAGGAAACUUUAAGCGACGAUUUGUGGCUUUGAAAAUCAUGUACAUUGGCAGCUGUUACCAUGGAUUUGCGUCGCAAGGCUGUGCUUUUAAAACUGUCGAGUCCGAGAUCUUUGCCGCUCUACAGAGAACAAAUCUUGUAGUCGGUUCUAUAGCCGAUGCAAAUUACUCGAGGUGUGGUCGAACUGAUAGAGGUGUUUCGGCGACUGCUCAGGUUAUUGCAUUGUAUUUGCGCUCGAAAAAGAAAGCGUUGGAUGACACCGAAGAGUCUGGUUAUGGCUCAAAAGAUAGAGUCACUGUCGCAAGAUCCAGCCGCGAAGAGGAGGAGAUGUUUGCCGCCGAAACAGAUGACGAUGAAAUAGACUACGUAAGCUCACUUAAUCGGGCUCUUCCAGCAGAUAUACGAGUUCUUGGAUGGUGUCCUGUUCCUCCUGGAUUUCAUGCAAGGUUCAGCUGUUUGUAUCGGGAGUACAAGUACUUCUUCAUCGACGAUGGCUUAAACAUAGACGCCAUGAAGCAAGCAUCUCAGCGACUGCUUGGUGAGCACGAUUUUCGCAACUUCUGUAAAAUGGAUGCUGACAACAUUCACAACUACACCCGACAGAUUCUGGCUUUCGACAUUCUUCCAAUUGAAGAGUGCUGGGAAGGAAGAAGUCUGUGGGUUAUGCACGUCCGAGGAAACGCAUUCUUAUGGCAUCAAGUUCGUUGCAUGGCUGCUGUGCUUUUCAUGAUUGGCCGUGGCCAUGAAACACUGACAAUCAUUGAUGACCUUUUAGAUGUGGACAAGACAAUGAGAAAACCACAGUAUGUGAUGGCGCCCGAGCUUCCGCUUGUUCUUCAGAGUUGUGCUUUUCAAGGCCUUCGAUUCUACUGCCGGCCUGAAUCAAAAGCACAGAUACAUAGGCAUUUGUUGAAACAUCUCGACCAAACGCUGUUAACAGCUGCACUAAUUUCUGAAGGCAUGCUGGAGCUUGAUUGUCCUGACUCAAUUGUUUCUUUUAGCAAAACAAAUUAUGUGCCUCUCCUCUCUCGGCCCACUGAACCUACUUAUGAAGAACGGCGAAAGAAAUUGAUCAACACCACCAACACUUCUUAAACCACUGUCCCAAUUUUGGUCGUGUGAUAGAGUUCCCUUCCUCUUCAAGUUGGAUGGCCUCUUUCAGCUCGUUUACCACAGCGCUCAUGUUUGGCCUCCUAUCGGAUCGAUGCUCCACGCAGUUCAUUGCAAGUUCCAAAACUUUCCAUACUGCUUGCUCUUUAUAGCUUGAUAGCUUGGGAUCUAUUAGAGUUUUCAGGUUGCCUC